AUGACCAACUUUGAGAAGGCCGUCAAAGGGGCCACCAAGCUUAAGCUUGCGGCCCCAAAAUCUAAAUAUGUCGAAACCAUCCUUGUGGCGACCCAUACCGGCGACGCUGGAGUCGCAGAGGUUUUCCGAACCCUCCAGCAUCGUCUUCGCGAUUCAGCAUGGACCAUUGUGUUCAAAGCCCUCAUCAUCGUUCACCUUAUGAUCCGAGAAGGCCAACAGGAUGCUGCACUAACGUUCCUUUCCGACAACCCAAAGAAGAUUGCACCUAGUAAUUUCUCGGAAGCGCAAUCACAGGGACAUAAUAUCCGGAGGUAUGCCGAGUACCUGAUUACGCGCGCCAAGGCGUUCGAAGCCACGAAUACAGACUAUGUGCGAAGCGGACCUGGACGUUUGAAGCGAUUAAGUGUGGACAAGGGUCUCCUUCGCGAAACGGAAUUUGUGCAGAAGCAGAUUCGGGCAUUGCUGCGUUGUGAUCUUUUGACCGAUGAGCCUGAGAAUGAAAUUAGCUUAACGGCAUUCCGUCUCCUCACCCUGGAUCUCCUGACACUGUAUUCGGUUAUGAAUGAGGGUACAAUCAACGUAUUGGAACACUAUUUUGAAAUGUCAAGGCCGGAUAGUGAGCGUGCCUUAGCAAUCUACAAAAUGUUCACCAAGCAGACGGAAGAGGUGGUUCAGUUUCUGGGAGUCGCAAGACACUUCCAGUCUGCCACUCGAUUGGAAAUCCCCAAGCUCAAACAUGCAUCUACAGACCUUACCCGGCUCCUUGAGGAUGAUUUGAAUGAUCCCGACUUUGAUCUCCGCCGACGAGAAUAUAUGAUUGGGAAAGGAAUCAAGAAGGACGGUGGUGCUGCACCUGCACCUGCACCUGCAUCAUCAUCUAUCCUUGCAGCUAGUCAGACGAACUCGAUGCCAAACCCACCCAGACAGCCCGAACAGCAGAAGGCACCACCCGUCGAUCUUAUUGACUUCUUCGACUCAAUUGAGACGAAUCAGCAGCAGAUGAACCCACAAGCGCCUGCGCUAUUCCAGCAGACCGGAUUCCAACAACCUCAGCAGAUGGGAUAUCAGCAAUCGCAACCGCAGCAGGCAUUUUAUGCCCAGCAGACCGGAUUCCCCCAGCAGCAGCAGGUACAACAACAGGUACAACAGCAGCCUCAGAUGACAGGCUAUGGCCAACAUGACAUGUACGCGGGAAUGCAACAACAACCGACAGGCAACCCCUUCGGGCAACCGGCAGCACAGCCACUUCAAGCUACUCCGACUGGUGCUGGCUUCGGAGGAUAUACACCGCAGCCACAACAGUAUGGUUACCAGAAUCAGCUAGCUCCGAUCCCACAGAAUGGAGUUGCCACAUAUCAACAGCAACCAAUGCAAACCCAGCAGCAGCCACCCUCCACACCGACAAAUCCUUUCCGCCAAUCCAUGUUGGUCAGUCAAAACACCGGAGGGCCGUCUGCAACUGCACCCAUCGCUCCACUGCAGCGGCAGAACACAAACCCUUUUGCAAAAAGACUCUCCAUGGCUGCGCCUCAAGGAAACUUCGGCAUGCCCGAGCAGAUGCCUCAAGUGCCACCGAUUCCUCAGUCCCAGUCACCACAACCACUUCAGCCCCAGCGUACAGGGACUAAUCCAUUUGCUCGGAGCUCUUCAGUUCCACCACCUCAAAACGCUGGGUUACAACCGUUGCAGCCAAACCCCACAGGUAGCACCAAUCCUUUCCGCCAGAGCCAGUUUAUUAAUCAACAAACCGGCCAAGGGUGGCAAACAAGCGGACAGCAUGGUACUAUGGGUGGAUUAGAACAAUUGGAGACGGUACCCAUCUUCCCGCGGCCGGGAAUGGCCUAA